AUGGACUAUUUGGAUGAAAUGAGAGCUUGGGCUGAAGAUCUACGAUUGUCAAGUAGUAGUUCUAGUGAUCAGGAUUAUACUAUCAGAAACGAUAUGAAAAAAGAAGAAGAAUUUGCGGAUGAUUGUGAAGAGAAAAUUGAAGUUGAUGUUACAAAUCCAUUUUUAACCGAGACGGUGUUCGAUUCACGUCAAUCGUUGAUUGAUUGGGUGCAAGAAACAUGGCUUAAUUUGGGAUUCAUCAUCGUUACAAGGAGCUCAUCGAGCUCAUCAUUAUUGUUGCAAUGCGAUCGCGGUGGUACGUACAGAAGGAAGAAAACAUCCACGAAGCUCACAGGCACGAAAAAGAUUGAUUGUCCUUUCAUACUUAAAGGGUUGAAACUACGUGAAGCUAAUUAUUGGAUGGUAAAAGUGCUAUGUGGAAUGCACAACCAUGCCCCUGUAUCAUAUAUGGAGGGGCAUCCAUACGUCGGUCGCCUUUCUGAAUCUGAAGUUGAGAUAAUGGUAGAUAUGUCUAGCAAUUAUGUCAAGCCACGAGACAUCUUGGCUUCGUUAAAGAAACGAGAUCUGAACAAUGCGUCCACUAUUAAAACAAUAUACAAUGCACGACAGAAGUUUCGGACUUCUGAAAAAGCCGGUAAAUCCCACAUCCAGUCUCUAAUGUCCUUCCUACAGGAGCACAGGUACAUUUUCUAUCAUCGAACCAACGAUGUAACCAACGAGCUCCAGGAUUUAUUCUUUGCUCAUCCAGGCUCAUUAGAACUACUACGUGCAUUCCCACAUGUUUUAUUAAUGGACGCAACACACAAAACAAACAGGUUCAGGAUGCCUCUUCUUGAGAUUGUCGGAGUGACUCCAACAAAUAUGACGUAUUGCAUAGGAUUUGUUCUCUUGAAUUCCGAGAAGGAGGAUAAUUAUACAUGGGCUUUAAGGUGUUUGCAGUCAAUAAUUGAGGAAAGCAUUGCCCCAAAAGUUAUUGUCACCGAUAGAGAGUUGGCGCUGAUGAAAUCAUGUCGCUUGGUAUUUCCUAAUGCAAAGAAGCUACUUUGUCGAUGGCACAUAUAUAGGAGUGUUUUGGCGAACUGUAAAAGAUCAUUUCAAAACAAAGAAUCAUGGGAUGCAUUCUACUCCUCCUGGAAUACGUUGGUGGAAUCUAAAAAUGAGAUUGCCUACGUGUAUAAUUUGUCGCACCUAGAGGAGAUGUUUGUCUCCGCUUGGACAAAUACGUAUUUGCAUUUCAGGAACUUGACCACUAAUAGGGUCGAGAGUCAGCAUGCAAAGUUAAAGAAAUACCUUGGAUCAUCACAGUCAGACAUUGAGUUUGUAGUAUCUUUAAUUCAUCAGCUUGUCCAAGCUCAGUUCACAUCAAUCAAGGCUAGUUUGGAGAAAAGUAGACAUAUCGUCCAACAUUGGUUCAACACAGUUCAGUUCAGGGAACUACGUGGUUUUGUUUCGAUUGAUGCGUUGGAUCUGAUUUUCCAAGAAUCUGAUCAAUCUAAAUUCGUCGGAGAAGAUUCGUACGCCUGUGGAUGUAAACUUCGUACAAUCUACAGAUUACCGUGUGCGCACGAGCUUUCAAUAUACAUUAACGAUAGUCAACCGAUACCACUUGCUUCCAUCAAUGCAUUCUGGAAGAAACUUGACCUAUCGCCAUGUGCUUCUCUUAGAGACGAUGAUAUCGAUUGUACUAUUGAGUUAUAA